AUGCAGGCUAUUCUCCUUCUCGCUUUUCUAUCGUCACUCGUUUCAGCGUUCGAUUACACCGUAGGAGUUGGUAAAGAUGAGAGAACCGGGAAGAAAGGCAUGGGCUUCGACCCCUCAUCAAUUCACCCCCAGGCUGGAGAUUCCAUCGUUUUCGAAUUUCGAAGCGGAGCACAUAGCGCUGUCCAGUCCACUUACGACAACCCGUGCACGCCCUUGGAAGGUGGAUUCAACUCUGGGGUUAUCACUGUAGCAGACAAUCUCGAGGUCGAUGCACCCGGUCUCCCACAAAUCCGGCUUCUCGUCAAUAGCACUGAACCCUUAUGGUUCUUCGACCAAGCUGGCGGUCUCUGCCGUGAGGGAGCUGUACUAUCUGCGAACCCCACAUCCACGCAGACAGCUGGAGGCUUCGUAGAGAAUGCUUCUCGUGCCCCUGCUUCUCCUCCUCCAAGCUCGUCUACCUCAUCUGACCCCUCAUCGAGCACGGGAUCUACCUCCACGUCCACAGGCGAAGCAGCACCAGCCCAAUCCUCUGGUUCAAACACCGGGUACAGAGAUGCCGUUUCUGGCGCAGCAGUUCUCUUCGGUUUAGUGAUCGGUCUUUUGUAA